CAGUUGGGGAACCCAGUGUUAAAGAGAUAGUCCGAGAACGCCCAGUAGGUUUAUGAGCGUUGCCUCUCCUGCUGGACGUGUGAGUGCGCCUUCGAAAAGCCUUUUUCUCUGACACAGCAACAGCUGCUCUUGAUAAACUGAUCGCUCCGCGCGUUCGUUCAACUGAUCGAUACCGUCCACUUCGAAUUUACUAAUCUGACGAGCGUAUUCGUACAGUUGCUAUUACUAAUACUGUGUUUUUUGAUUGAAAGGCUGUCCGGUGACAAGACUGGGAUGCACUUAGGAAAUGGUGUAGUCUAUACUGAGAAGGGGUCUUCUCAUAGAAAAUGUGAUGGCUGAAUGGCCAGCAUAACCCUGCUCUAUUAAGCCGAUUGGACGGUUGCUGCAAACGUGAGUAACGUUGGCCAGUUGAAGAAUCUGCGAAACUUUUUUUUACGCUAAGUUAAAAUGGUCGCCCUUAAACUGGAAGUAUUCAGUGUGAUCAGUUUAGCAUUGGACUGCGUAAAUCUAGCGCGCAGUUUGCCGAACGCACGUGCGAAUUGAGGACUGUGUGUGGUGCCAGCAUAUAUAUGACUUCAUUGUUAAUGGGGCUGUUGAGGAGGUAAUGAACGCUAAAAGCUACACAACAGAGCCAGUAUGGUUGCCCAUUUCCGACUGUGGGAUCUGUUUUUGCUGAUUAAAUUGUGUUAGAACACUGUGAAAGUUUACGGCGUAAGAGGAUGUGGUGUUGUUACAAUGGCGUUCCGCGGCAUCUCCUACGGUCUCAGCGCUGAAGUUGCUUGUAAGAUUGCAUCGAAGCGCGAUCCAGAGUUGGAGUCUCAAAUCCUUCAAUGGGCCGAAGACGUAAUCGGAGAAGAACUGCCAAAAGGCCCCUAUGAGGAGAUCCUCCGAGAUGGGAUUAUACUCUGCAAGUUGAUGAACGCAAUCAGCCCCGGUAGUAUUCCAAAAUUCCAUACGUCAGGUACGCACUUCAAGAAGAUGGAGAACCUCACUAAGUUCACAGAGGCGUGUAAACGUUUUGGCGUCGACGAGAUGGACGUGUUCCAGUCUGUCGACCUCUGGGAGCGGCGCAACAUUCCCCAAGUAUCCCAAUGCAUCCUUGCACUCGGCAGGGCAUGUUAUCUUCAUCCGGAAUACACAGGACCUUGCCUAGGUCCGAAACCAGCCGAAAAGCAAGUACGGCAGUUUACAGAGGAACAGUUACGGGCUGGCCAGGGGGUCAUCAAUCUACAAUACGGAACUAAUAGGGGAGCUAAUCAAUCUGGACAAAACUUCGGCCUAACUCGGCACAUGUGACUCGACCACAUACAUAUUGCUUCGUGCGUACGGACACCAUUUGUAUCAAUGACUUUCCGUAGAUGCAAGUCUCAACUUCCCAUAGCAAUGACGACGACAUGAUUAGCGAUUCUGGAGUUCUUUAUGGCAUUUACGAAUGUUGCAUGACAUUUUACUUUGUCGUCGAUUCUAUUUGUGCGCUAAAACGCUAUCUUAGAAGAUACGUGAAAUUCGCUGAUCAAAGCAAUUCCAUGGUGGACAGAUUUGGCCCGGGUUAACGUUCUACUUACUUGGUUUAGCCAAUCGUCUGACGGCUGAUGGGCCGAAUUUGCGCCUCUUCAGAAAUCGAUGAUCUGGGUAUUCGUCCCAUACUGUGUGAUGAUUGAC